GCGAGCGAUAAGGAAAGAAAAUCCUUGGUUGGUGAAGUAUAUUAAAACUUACAGGUCAAUGAAGAGGCCGACUCAAAUGGGGCAAAUUCCCAGAAGAACGCGGUACCCAUGGAUGAGUUCACCACCAUAAGGAUAGAGUACAUCAAGAAUCAGAUCCUGAGGAAGCUUAGGCUGAAAGAGAAGCCCACUAUCUCCAGAGGUGAACUGCCAAAACCUGUCAUUGCUUAUGGACACUUGUUGCCUUCAGAUCAGGAUAUGGAUUCCCAGACAUUUUCCGAAGAUUUCUACGGGAAAACUAUGCAGGCUAUAAUUUUUCCGUUUCAAGUAUAGGAAAAUAGCAGCUUUUGGAGUAGAAAUGACAGUCUGGCUGGAGAGCUGGCUUUUCUUGAAGAUAGAAGCAUAUUGGCUCCACCUAUUUGCCUCUUUUGGUAAGUCCUUGAAACGCAUGAGAAUAAACAAUUAGUAAAGAAAUGGUGAAAAGUACAAUCUUUCGACAGAGGCACUUCUUAUCUCAUAAAUGUUUUGCAUUUUUUUUCUAUCAAAAUAUCCCAGCAGGUUUUAGGGGCAAUAGGAGAAAACUACCGAUACCGGAAGAUGGCUGAAGAUUGUUAAAAAUGCAGAAUAUAAAUAUAGGAGCACCAUGAAUGUAGAUGUAGAAGCUGAACAACCAAGAUCUUCCUUGUUUAAACAUAAUUUUUGAACAGAACUCUGGCUGAAAAUAUCGAAUUAGAUAUUAUGUUUUUGUUUCUUAUAUUUUCCGUGUUCCAAAAUAAUGUUCUGUCAUCAAAGUAGCUUUAAGCAUGACUAUAGUCGUCAGUAUACUGUUUGUGACAGUUCCGAGUAAUUUUUAUAUGCCAGUUGUUGUUUAUAUCAAAAAUGCUUCAAUUGAAAAGUAUUUAUUAAAAAAUAAUAUACCAAUA